AUGGAAAAAACAAAUCAAAAUACCUCAUAUUGGGAAAAAUCAUUACUAAGUUAUGAUUAUUUAGUUAUUGGAUCUGGUAUUGUUGGUUUAUCAACCAGUAUUUCAAUAAAAGAAAAGUCACCAAAUAGUAGUGUUUUGGUUUUAGAACGUGAAGUUAUUCCAACUGGAGCAUCGGGCAAAAAUGCAGGAUUUUCAUGCAUUGGAAGUCUUACAGAAGUUUUAGAUGAUCUUAAAACAAUGUCGGAAAAGGAUGUUGUAAGUUUGGUUGAAACUCGUUAUAAAGGAUUACAGCUUUUAAGAAAAAGAUUAGGCGAUCACAAUAUAGAUUAUAAGCAAAAUGGUAGCUAUGAAUUAAUAGAUCCAAAAUCAGAUUUUGCAAAAGAUAAAAAAGCCCUUUUAAAACAUAUAGAGGAAAUUAAUGACUUAUUAAAACCAGUUCUCAAGGGCGAUGCAUUUUCAUUAUGCAGCGAAGAAGAAACAGCAUCAUUUAAAUUUAGCCCAAAGAUUUGCAAAUAUCUCAUAAAGAACAAUUUCGAAGGUGAAAUCGAUACAGGCAAGAUGUUGAGACAUUACACAGAUUUAGCUAUUUCAUGGGGUGUUCAUAUUAAAACUGGUUGCAAGGUUAUGGAAUAUAAAGAUGAUGGUGUUGGUUCAGUUUCAGUAAAAGUAUUCAACCACACAUUGGGUCAACCAAUCGAAUUUAUAGGAAAGAAAUUAGCCAUUUGUACAAAUGCAUUCACAAAAGAACUUGUUAAAGACAUCGAUGUAGUACCAGGCAGAGGUCAAGUUAUCAUUACAAACCCAAUUCCAAAUCUUCAUCUUCAAGGUAUUUAUCACUUUGAUGAGGGUUACUAUUACUUUAGAGAAAAAGAUGGUUGCAUUCUUUUUGGUGGCGGUAGAAAUUUAGAUUUCGAAGGUGAAAGAACUACAGAGUUUAAAUCAAAUAAAAAAAUUUUAAAGAAAUUGGACGAAUUACUAAAAGAAAUUAUUCCAGGUGUUCCAUAUACAAUUCAACAAAAUUGGUCUGGUAUUAUGGCUUUUUCAAGUACCAAAGAUAAGAAGCCAAUCAUAAAUCAACACUCUAAAAAUGUAUAUUUAGGUGUAAGAAUGGGUGGUAUGGGCGUAGCUAUAGGUUCGGUUGUUGGCAAAAUCUUAUCAGAUAUGAUGUUGGAUGAUCAUUUUUCAAUGAACACACAUCCAUCUUUUUUACGUUCAAAAUUAUAA